AUGGCCAAGAAAAAGAGCAAGCAGAUCAUCCGACCAUGGUGCUGGUACUGUGAGCGUGAAUUCGAGGAUGAAAAAGUUCUUAUGCAGCAUCAGAAAGCAAAGCACUUCAAGUGUAACAUGUGUCCUCGAAGGCUCAACACUGCUGGAGGUUUGGCUGUUCACAUCCAACAGGUUCACAAACUGGAACCGGAGAACUUGCCACGUAUCGAGAAUGCUCUUCCUGGCCGCGAUGGCUAUGAGGUCGAAAUUUUUGGAAUGGAGGGUAUACCAGCACCCGACGUCGCUGACUAUAAGCGGCGAAAAGAAAUUGAGUUGGGUCUUGCAGCUGGGUCGAUCUCUCAACCUCCUGCAAAACGUCCCAAGACUGAAAAUCGGCCUCUGUCUGAGGAUGAGCUCAAAGCAGCCUUGGAAGCACAUAGAGCGUUGAUGGGAGGUGCUAAUGAUAAUGCUCCUCCCGCAGCCAGCGAUCAGAGCGCUGGCGGAGUCUACGGCGCUCCUCCACAAGCUUAUGUUGCUCCUCCAGCACCGUCUGGGGCGAUGCCGGGACCACCUCCACCAGGGAUGAUGCCUCCCGGUCCCCCGUCGUUCUUCCCACCCCUUCCGGGGAUGGUUCCUGGUCAGCCACCAUUUCCUCCGUUUCCUGGUAUGCCUGGAUUUCCUCCAGGCCCGCCUCCCCCUGGAUUUCCAAUGCCCCCUGGAUUUCUUCCUCCUCCGGGUAUGAUGCCGCCUGGUGGGUUUCCUUCACUACCGCCAGGAAUGCUUCCUCCCGGAGCACCUGGGAUUCCUGGCCGUCCCCUUAUGCCACCUCCACCGACCUUUGUUCCUCAACAGCAAGGUUCAGCGUCACCUCAGCCUCUUAGAGACACUCUGGCAACACCUCCGACAAACGGGUCUUUUGCAACACCUCCGCCACCUUCGUCGUCGGCUACUCCCAUACCUCCGCCCAUCGCUGAGCAGUCUUCUCAUCCUACUUUACCAAACCCUUCACUCAAACAAACUAAUCCUUCCUUCAAAAAGCCGACGGAACUCAAAUAUCAAGAUGCAAAUUUCUCUCCUGAGGAAAUUCGUGCUUAUUCACCGAAGUACCGGUCUAAAUUAUCAUCCGUAGAUCCGGCUUCCUCUCAAGGCGAGGAAUUUAGAGGAAAGAAACGAGCUAGAGCAGAGGAUUUCCUCUAA